AUGUCCCUACAAAAAAGUGUUAAAAGUGUCGGAGGUGACCAGGAUAAUACAUCGAUAUGUUCAUCAGUGACUACGCAACCGGAUAGACAUGGCUUUUUUGGCGGAGCCCAAUAUAGUCCAGAACCGAAAAGGACUUUAUCACCGAGCACAAUAUUGAAACGAGAACAAAAGUGGUUACGAAUGUUGAAUAAUUGGGAGGCGUUUAUGAGCAAAAACUACAAAAAGGUCCGCGAGAGGUGUCGGAAAGGUAUCCCGGCGUCCGUUCGACCAAAGGCGUGGUUGUAUCUCUGUGGUGGGCAGUUAUUGCUGGAGAAACAUCCGGACGAGUAUGAGGAGUUAUUGAAAGCGCCCGGGGACCCUAAAUGUAUGGAAGAUAUACGUAAGGAUCUGCACAGACAAUUCCCGUACCACGAGAUGUUCAUUAGGGAGGAAGGGCUCGGACAACAAGAGCUCUUCUGUGUUCUCAAAGCCUACUCGGUGCUGAACCCAAAAGUUGGUUACUUCCAAGCCCAGGCUCCGGUAGCUGCUUUCCUCCUCAUGCACAUGCCGGCCGUCCAAGCCUUCUGGUGUCUCGUCAGCAUCAGCGACAAAUACCUCAGUGGAUAUUACAAUCCCGGCCUGGAGGUGUUGCAGCGCGAUGGUGAUAUCCUUCAUGCUUUACUCCGCCGCACGGCCCCAGCUGUCCAUCGUCACUUGGUGAAGCAUCGUGUAGAGCCUGUGUUAUACGCCACUGAGUGGUUCCUCUGCGCCCUCACAAGGACACUGCCCUGGGACAGCCUCCUCAGGGUCUGGGAUUGCUUCCUAUGCGAGGGAGUCAAGGUGCUAUUUAAAGCGGCGCUAGUGAUUCUAGCGGGAGCGUUAGGUCCGGCUAAGGUCCGUAAGCGAGCGGCCGGGCUCUGCGAGACUCUAGAGGAGCUGAGACAUCCGCCGGCCGCGAUACUAGGCGAGGACUACCUCAUGUACCACAUGCAGAGACUCGGACUCACUGAGGAAGACUUCGAGUUCGAACAUCAACGACAGACAGCCAAGAGAAGAGCCAUGGCCAAUAGAAGGUCAGUUAAUAUAUUUUUACUCAUCAGAGCCAACUGCUGA